AUGUCAAAAAAAAAUUCUCAAACUCGUUUAUCUCAUAAUAUUACAAAAGGAAAUUUAAAAGAUUUAUCAAAUAAAUUCUCAAAAUUUGAAAUAAAUAAUAAAAGUAUUCGAAAAAGUUCAACUAAAAAAAAUUCUCUUGAUUAUUUUAUUGAAUCAAUAAAAAAAGGACAAUAUAAACGAAUUGUUGUUCUUGCUGGAGCUGGAAUUUCAACAGCAAGUGGUAUACCUGAUUUUCGAACAGCAGGUACAGGUUUAUAUGAUAAUUUACAACGUUAUAAUAUUCCAUACCCUGAAGCUAUAUUUGAAUUAAAUUAUUUCAAUAAAAAUCCAAAACCAUUUUUUGAUUUAGCAAAAGAACUUUAUCCAGGAAAAUAUUUUCCAAAUAUAAAUCAUUAUUUUAUUCGUUAUUUAUAUGAUAAAAAUAUUCUUCAUCGUGUUUAUACACAAAAUAUCGAUGGACUUGAAAGAAUGGCUGGUAUUCCAAAUGAUAAAAUAGUUGAAGCACAUGGAACAUUUCAAUAUGCAACAUGUCAACGAUGUCAUCAAAAAUAUCAAUGUGAAGAUAUUCGUCAAGAUAUAUUUGAUGAUAAAAUUCCAAUUUGUUGGAAAACAUCUCGAUGUAAUGGUAUUAUUAAACCAGAUAUUGUUUUUUUUGGUGAAGAUCUUCCAUCUCGAUUUCAACUUUAUCAACAAGAUUUACCUUCAUCUGAUUGUUGUAUUGUUAUGGGUACAUCAUUAGCUGUUUAUCCAUUUGCUGAUAUUGUUGAUUCAACAACACGUUCAACAAUUCGUCUUUUAAUUAAUCGACAAUUAGUUGGAACUUUUUUAUCACCAAGACCUUAUGAUAUAACAUUAAUUGGAGAUUUAGAAAUUAAUAUUAAACAACUUUUAACAAAAUUAGAUGCUCUUGAUUAUGUUUUAGAAUUGAUGAAUAAAGAGAAUUCAUUACAUGAACAAUAUCAGAAAAAUCUUUCAAAAAGUACAACAACAAGAAUAAAAACCGGAAAUGAUCGAUUAAAAGCUGCUGAAAUAUUUAUUGAACAAAAACGAAAAUUUUCAAUAUUAAAUUUUCAUCGUCAACAAGUUCAACUUGUACCUCAACCAAAUAUUCAUGUAUAUAAUGAAUCAACAAAAAUUUUGAUUGAAAAACAUAAUGAUGCUUUAUUAUUCAAGCGAAGACGAUCAAAAUCAGCUUUACCAAUUCUUCCAUCAAAACAAUCAUCCUCAUCAUCUUCCUCCUCCUCCUCCUCCUCUUCAUCAUCAUUAAAUAGUUCAUUGUCCGAAUGUGAAUUAAUGCCAUUUUCUUUUAAACGGCCACCAGACAGUAAAAUUCAAGCUGCAAGACAAAUCAUAGCGACACCAACAACAAAACUAACAAAUAAAUUUAUGCUAAUUAAUCGUGAUAAACAAGAUAUUAAACGACAACAGCAACGAAUGAGCAAUUAUCAUCUUAAUCGUAUUUAUUGUAUCUAA